AUGUCUCGUGUAGCAGCAGAGAAUCAGAUAUCCCCGUUUUUCACAAUGGAGCUCGACGACUUCCCACGCGCCUCCCACGGCGCCUCACCUUCGCUUGGACAACUGCUGAAGCACGUCGGAGACGUCCGCAAGGAGGCCACCGGCGACGGCGGCGAGACUCCGCUGCAUCACCACCACCAGGUGCUCGACGUCAGCGACGAGAGCCUUGACGAACCGAGGACGCUGCCGUUCGUGCUCUCCUUCACUAAUCUCACUUACAGCGUCAAGAUUCGCCGGAAGUUCAGUCUUUCCGGCAUGUUCAGUUCCGAUCGCAACCGUCUCGGCGCCGCGACGCAGGCUGAGCCAGUCGGGGGAGAGAGCCUCUUCACAAGUACCAAGACGCUGCUGAACGACAUCUCCGGCGAGGCUCGAGAAGGCGAGGUCCUGGCGGUGCUCGGCGCCAGCGGCUCCGGCAAGUCGACUCUGAUCGACGCCUUGGCUAAUCGGAUCGCUAAGGGAAGCCUGAAGGGGAAGGUGAGCCUCAACGGCGAGGUCUUGGAGUCAAGACUACUGAAAGUGAUCUCAGCUUACGUCAUGCAAGACGAUCUGCUAUUUCCGAUGCUGACGGUGGAGGAGACGCUCAUGUUCGCCGCCGAGUUCCGCCUCCCUCGGGCGCUCUCGAAAUCCAAGAAGAAAAUGCGCGUCCAGGCCUUAAUCGACCAGCUCGGCCUCCGCAACGCCGCCAACACCAUCAUCGGCGACGAAGGCCACCGCGGCGUCUCCGGCGGAGAGCGCCGCCGCGUCUCGAUCGGAAUCGACAUCGUCCACGACCCGAUCAUUCUCUUCCUCGACGAGCCGACCUCCGGCCUCGACUCCACCUCCGCCUUCAUGGUAGUCAAAGUCCUCCAGAGGAUUGCUCAGUCCGGCAGCAUUGUGAUCAUGUCCGUCCAUCAACCCAGCUACAGAAUCUUGGGCCUACUGGACCGACUUCUCUUCCUCAGCCGCGGCCAAACCGUUUUCUCCGGCUCGCCAGCUCAGCUCCCCCCUUAUUUCGCGGAGUUCGGGCGGCCCAUACCCGACUCCGAAAACAAAACCGAGUUCGCUCUCGACCUGAUCCGAGAACUCGAAGGCUCUCCCGGCGGCACCAAAUCCCUAGUCGAAUUCAACAAAUCCUGGCAAGCCAUGAAGCACACGACAAACCGUACCACAGACACACGACACGUCGUUCCUCUCCAAGAAGCCAUCUCGGCCUCCAUCUCACGCGGCAAGCUCGUCUCCGGCGCCACCAACAACGACGCCUCCCCCAACUCCAUGGUCCCCACUUUCGCUAACCCUAUCCUCGUGGAAAUCGCCGUCCUCGCGAAACGCUCCAUGAAAAACGCGAGACGCAUGCCGGAGCUCUUCGGCAUCCGACUCGGCGCCGUCAUGGUCACCGGCUUCAUCCUCGCCACCAUGUUCUGGAACCUUGACAACACCCCGAAGGGAGUCCAAGAACGGCUCGGGUUCAUCGCCUUCGCCAUGUCCACCACCUUCUACACCUGCGCCGACGCCUUACCCGUCUUCCUCCAAGAACGCUACAUCUUCAUGAGAGAGACAGCUUACAACGCCUACCGUAGAUCCUCCUACGUUCUUUCACAUUCAUUGGUUGCUCUUCCGUCGCUGAUCUUCCUCUCCGCCGCGUUCUCCGCCACCACAUUCUGGGCGGUGGGCCUCGACGGUGGGCUUUCCGGGUUCUUGUUCUACUUCCUGAUCAUCUUUGCUUCAUUCUGGGCCGGAAGCUCUUUCGUGACGUUUCUCUCCGGGGUGGUCCCGCACGUGAUGCUCGGCUAUACUAUUGUGGUGGCAAUUCUAGCCUACUUCCUACUAUUCAGCGGCUUCUUCAUCAACCGUGACAGAAUCCCGGACUAUUGGAUUUGGUUCCACUACAUGUCCUUGGUCAAGUACCCUUACGAGGGAGUGAUGCAGAACGAGUUUCAGGACCCGACGAAGUGCUUUGUGAGGGGUGUACAAAUUUUCGAUAAUACUCCGCUGGCGGCCGUACCGGCUGCGCUGAAGUUGAAGCUUUUGGAUAGUAUGAGUGAGACUUUGGGGAUGAAGAUUACUAGGUCGACUUGCUUGACUACUGGGAGUGAUAUUUUGAAGCAGCAGGGGGUGACUGAUUUGAGCAAGUGGAGUUGCUUGUGGAUCACGGUGGCGUGGGGGUUUCUGUUUAGGAUUCUCUUCUAUUUUUCGCUGUUGGUUGGGAGCAAGAACAAGAGGAGGUAAUGGAGAAGAAGAAGAUGCAUGCAUGGAAAUGUAAAGCUUAGCUCGAGCUUGUUGCUGCUCUCUCUCUGUGUUUUGUUUGGCGGGAGGUCUUUGUAUGGUUUAAAUUUUCUUUUACGAUUCUAGAAUUUGUCCAGUAUUAUUUUGGAACUGUUUUGGUGGUGCAUGUACAAGUACAAGUGUUGCAUAUAUUGAUAUAUACUUCGCAAGAA